UUUAUCCCCUUCUUCAACAAGCUACCGAAGAAAUCACCAGAAACAGGAACUCUUCGACUUUUCCACCGAACAGGAAGCGAUGAAUUCUACUCAGCCUAUGGGCCUGAUGCCACUUUUGUCGCGCAACAUGUAUUUCACACAAAUUCAGUCAUUAAAUAUCUCGGUAGCGGCGGAAAAUUGCCUAGUGUCGCCCUCAAGGUUUCCGUAGCGCAGACUUUGCUCAGGGAAGCACUGACAACAAAGCAACUUCGAGUCGAGAUAUGGGUACCAGAACCAGGCCAAGGCAAAAAGCAAACCAAAUUCCGUCUAGAUAAGGAGGCUUCUCCUGGAAAUUUGCAAGCUGUGGAGGAUCUUCUCUUCGUCAAUUCGGACCUACUGUCGUCCCCGAUAGUUAUGGCAGUCAAGCUUGCCAGUGCUCCAGCAGGCGCGUCCGGUGCGAAAGGGAAGCUGAAGUCAAUCGGCAUCGCUUUUGCAGACACAAGCAUCCGACAGUUAGGUGUUGCGGAUUUCGUGGAUAAUGAUCUCUUUUCCAACUUGGAAUCCCUCGUCAUCCAACUCUCAGUCAAGGAAGCUGUCAUUCCAACAGGGACUGCCUCGGGAACUACGGACCGCGACGUAGAUUUGAAUAAAUUGAAAUCGGUAUUAGAUCGGUGUGGGGUGGUCAUCACAGAGCGCAAACCGAGCGAGUUUACUGCCAAAAAUAUUGCAGAUGAUCUGCCACGUCUUUUGAAAAAUUCGUUAGCCUCAUCCUCUGCGGAUGUUUCCAUGACUAUCCCUCAAUUGUUGCUGCCCUUUGCGCCGUCUGCGCUCUCGGCUCUGGUCACCUAUUUGUCUCUUCUUUCUGAUCCCUCAAAUCAUGAUGCCUACAAGAUUUUCACUCACGAUCUGUCUCAAUACAUGAAGCUUGAUGCAAGUGCAACCAGAGCUUUGAGCUUGACCGAGGCGCCAGGGAAUGUUGGAACCACGACUCGAAACACUACCCUCUUUGGUCUUUUGAACAAGUGCAAAACGGCGCAGGGAGCGAGAUUACUUGGCGUUUGGUUAAAGCAGCCAUUAGUGAACUUGCAUGAGAUCCAUAAACGUCAAAAUCUCGUCGAGACGUUUGUAGAGGAUACUAACAGCCGUAGGACGUUGCAGGAUGAUUAUUUGAAAAUGAUGCCCGACAUUCAACGCCUUAGCAAACGUUUUCAAAGGUCCGCCGCUUCCCUUGAGGACGUAGUCAGAGUUUACCAAAUGGUUCUGAAGUUGCCUGGUAUGAUUGAAACACUCGGGGGCAUUCAAUCCGAAAACGACGAAUACUCAGUUUUGGUCGACGAAACCUUUUUGAAACCUCUGAAGGAGUGCGAAGCAAAUCUGUCCAAGUAUGCGGAAAUGGUGGAACAAACCCUUGAUUUGGACGAGCUUGACAAUCACAACUACGUGAUAAAAUCAGAUUUCCAUCCAACGCUUCAGGAACUUGCGGAGAAGUUGAAAGAUGUAAAUAACGAGCAUCGCAAAGCUGGCAAAGAUCUAGGCUUGGACCUUGACAAAAAACUUCAACUCCAAAACCACCCGGUCAAUGGCUAUUGUCUCCGUGUUACAAAAGCUGAUGCGAAAAACCUCACAGAUAAAUAUACGGAACUCAACACGAACAAAGGUGGCGUUUUUUUCAGGACCAAAGCCCUCAAACAACUUGCGGAGGACUUCGCGGAGUUAUCGCAAACGUACAGUCGCACCCAGAGUGGUCUCGUCAAAGAGGUUAUAAACAUUGCUGCAACUUACACUCCUGUUCUUGAAACUGUCGAUGUGAUCAUUGCCAACCUGGAUGUCAUCAUCAGGCAAAAUAAACCAUUAGAGACGACCGCCUUGUUCACUGAUGAUUAUUGUUAUAGCCUCGCUCACGUCUCAGUGAAUGCCCCAACGCCCUACGUCAAACCCAGAGUGUCUAAUUACUCUCAAGGCUCUGGCAAUCUCAUUCUGAAGCAAGCAAGGCAUCCUUGUUUAGAAGUUCAAGACGAGGUUGAUUUCAUUGCCAACGACGUCGAGAUGAUAAAGGAUUCUAGCGAGUUCCAAAUUAUAACGGGACCGAACAUGGGGGGAAAGUCGACGUAUAUUCGCCAGGUCGGCGUGGUUUCCCUGAUGGCGCAAGUGGGAUGUUUCGUUCCCUGCGAAGAAGCAGAAGUACCCAUCUUCGACUCUAUUCUUUGCAGGGUUGGUGCUGGUGACAGUCAGCUCAAGGGUGUUUCAACUUUCAUGGCGGAAAUGCUGGAGACCGCUACGAUUCUUCAAGCGAGUAUUUUGUACUCUCUCAUCAUCAUUGAUGAGCUUGGGCGAGGAACGUCAACAUAUGAUGGUUUCGGACUCGCAUGGGCAAUUUCAGAACAUAUCGCAUCACAAAUACACGCCUUCUGUCUCUUCGCAACUCACUUUCAUGAGCUGACUGCGUUAGAUCAACAAAUUCCACAUGUCAAGAACUUGCACGUCGUUGCGCAUAUCGAAGCCUCUAUGUCUGGAAAGAGUUAUCGGGACCGAGCCAUUACACUGCUGUACAAGGUCGAACCUGGCAUUUCUGAUCAGAGUUUUGGUAUCCACGUUGCGGAAUUGGCUAAUUUCCCAGAAAGCGUUGUCAAGCUGGCAAAAAGGAAAGCCGACGAGCUGGAAGAUUUCAGCGGUGAAAACAAGGAGAUGGCCAGUGAUAUCUCACAGAAGGUCACGGAAGAGGGAGUCCAAAUCAUGGAAGACCUUUUGGCAGCGUGGUCCUCAUCGACACGAACAUUGGACCAGGAUGGAGACGAUACUGUUAUGGCGGAUGACCUAUCGCCAGAAGCUCAGUUGGAGGAGCUCAAGAAAUAUGUUGCAGAAUUUCAGCCACGCAUCCAGAGUAAUGAGUGGUUGCGCUCGGUAAUCACUGCAUUAUGA